GUGCAUACUACGUGCCUAAUGAGUCAUCGACUCACUUUUUGUCCUUAUUUUCGUCUACAGAUUUUUUCAUAUCUGUGUGCUAGGGAUCACUAUCCCUCAACGUAGCACAAAGCUAUAGCCUUUUUGUAUAGAUACGAAGAAUUACCAAAAGUUGAAAGUUAAACUUUAAUGUCUGGUAGAUAGAGAUAGUCGAGUACACUUUAAUGUCUUCCUCAAGAUCCAAUACUAUCGCAAAAUUUCAAACAAAUCUAACAGUUUUGAGAGACGUUCUGGCCAAUGAAAAUGCAAAAUUUGGGGAAUCAUUCGUCCCAUAAAAAAAAAAUAAAAUCUCAAGGGAUGAAGUAUUUUGACAUGGAUAAGCUGGAUUUCCACUGGGAAAUGAGAUGCAAAAAUUAAAUUUCAGACAACCUACUAUCUCUACAACAGGAGACUGAAUAGUGGAUUAUUUCAUAUAGUCUACGAGAAAGGAUCGGGGUAAAAAUUCUAGUCAAUAUUAGGCGUUAAGAUUUGGUAUUGUGGUUAUUAUUUUCAUCAAGAAACAGGCAUCGAUGAUCUGACGUUUAAAUUUACCAAACCCGUCUACUAAGAAUUUUUGGCUUGUAGCCAUAGUGAUGAGUGAAUUUUGUAGGAAUAUCCACGAGGCAAUGUUGAAAAUUUGUCUCGCUCUUAAAAUAUUGUGCCACCUCAAAGGCAUUCAGUCUACUUUGAAAAAUUCCAAAUUCCUAUCGACCAACAUAUCUUUUAUUUGUUUUUCGUUGAAAAGCUAAUAAAUUUAUCGUCAUUCUGAUAACCGCGCAUAUUUGUUUCUCUCCUCUUGUCUUGUCCUGCCUGUGAAUUUUCUGCGUCUAAAAAAACUCAGCUAGUUCUGCUGAGUAUUAACUCUGAUCGUGAAAUAUUGCCAACUACCAGCUGUUGUUUUUGAAAUUCGAUGAUUGGACUGAUCCUCUGCAUUAGAUUUCUAGGCUCUUAUAAGCAACGUAACUUCGUGACAAUACCAAACGCUUUGGUAGAUGUAUUAAAGAUAAACACUUUCCAUCGUGCAUGGACUUCGUUUUAUCUUCUCGUAACAAGUGAUUUUCUACUCAUUUUAGACCAAUUUGAAAAUCCUGUUUACAAGUUGUUGGUUUCCAACCCGUUUAUAAUGGGAUUUUUCAAAGCAUGCUGUGUAAAAUCUCCAGAGUUACUCUUGAUUCUUAACGGUCCGGUAGAUCCUCUUUGAAAUCGGAUUUAUUGCUUGGGCUAAGUGCUUUAUCUUUCUAAUCUACCAGUAUGGUCGACUGAGUGACAUUUAAAAUAAAGUUUUCAAAGAGCGGCUACGUCACAUACAAUAAGAUUCCUGUCUGUAUUUAGUCAGAAUUCCAUUUUCGUAAGAGAAAGUUUGUUGACGUCGCACUCGGCGUCACAGUACAUCAUAAAAUAUUUGCUAACCUGCCGUUCUCAACAGACUGCGGCAAUUUAUUCAAUCCGGAGUCAAGUGCUACUGUUCUCGCAGUUCGAAGAAAGCCACCUGUUGCAGUUUGUUAUUACCAAUGUCGUAUUUGAUAUACGUCCUUGAGACUGCACAUGUUAGGUCUUUGCAAAUCGUCUGUACUACUCAACUUGUUUUGUAAGGUGAUCGUUGAUACAGAAAGCUUUUAGUUUUGCUUAAAACUCGGAAUUAUGUCUCCUGUAAUAUUUAAGUCAAACGAAAUCUUUAUAUUGUAUUUUAUCCCUUCGAUGAUAUUCACGUACUAUGUAAAGCUACUCAAAGUUAACCAGAUGUGUGCCAGCGCUAUUCGGCCCCUAAAGCCCAAGAAAAAAAAUUAAUGUCGCAGCGUACUGUCUAUUAUUUUCCAGUUACUGUUAUCGUCUUAUGAAGUUUUUGUUUUCCUGAUUGGUAUCGGACUUUCAGCCCACAAAACUUUUUAUACAAACACGUAAUGCAGUGUACAAGGUUGAUCCCAAGUUCUUUAGUUUCUAACAAAUCACAAUCAAUAAGAACUAUCAAUGUAGCAAUGGGACCUUUAAGGUCUCGUCAGAAAAUUGCCUUUAAGACAAGAUACCACUGGAUGUUAGACUUAAAAAAAAGCAAAGCUCGUGCAAAAUACCCUUGGAUUCCCAGGGAACCAACAACAUCCAUGGAAAUAUAUGGUCAAAAAAUUAUUUUUCCUGAAAUGUACUUAGAUUUUAUUGUACCUAACAACUUGGACAAAUGUGAACUAAAACCUUACGUUUCAUGGCAAUCGAAGCUAAUUGAGGAAGGACCACUAACAGCUGAAGUUUUAUUUAAUAACAGAUAUUCACAAAAAAUAACUGAAAUGUUUAGAAAUGGUGCAAGUAAUGAAGAAAUUAUGGAGUACUUGAAGAACACGAAUUGUUAAUAAUAAAUAAAUGAAAAAUUAUCUUGUUGAUUUGAA